AUGUGGUGGUUCAUUUGGAGUUGGGUGGUUUGGCUUAAGUUGCUUCUUUUUUUAAAGAGUUGGGUUAGGUUUCAUUCUUGUUAUGGUGGUUUAUUGACUUGUGUUGUUGUUUCUGGGUUUUUGUUUGUUGAGGUUUAUUAUUUUGUGUUUUUAUGGUUUGCUGUUAAGUUGUGGUUGUUUCCAUUUAGGUUUACAAGUUUUCGGGAUAUUUGUGUCAUAAAUCGUUGUCUUCUGAGUCUACUUUAUUUGCUGCUUGUUUUUGUAGCCAUUGCGCGUGUGGACUUAAUUAUACAACUGAUUAGCACAAAAUCUGGACUUGGUGGUGGUGGUGGUGGUGGUGGUGGUGGUGGUGGUGGUGGUGGUGGUGGUGGU